CAGAGUUGAGCUAACAGUGCUGCUAGUAGAAUCAGUGUUUGGGUGUGGAUCCAUAUUCAGAAGAGCAUUACAAAAUGGGAUUUCAUUCAACUCUGCAUAUAUGAAUCCUCAGGGAGCCCUGCUGAAAGACUUGUAUGUCUACAUGAAAGCAGGAAAACAUGUUGGACAUGAGAUGAAUGAGAGGAGGAAGCAUCAGGCAGAGUGUGGUGCAGAUAAAAGUGUGUAUGUUCACAGCGAGCAGUGGAGAAAUAUCAAGUCCAGACCCUUUCAUGAGAACACUGUGUUCACUCUGCCUCCACUCAGACCUCAGCCCUAUGGAGAUAAAGGGCUUUACUUCAGAGGCUCUGAGCUCCUGGGCCUGCAAGUGCAGGGAUUCUGCUGUCCCCUCCAGCAGAGGCCCAGCACUGGGAGGAUAAUACAUGGGGUGACACCACUGAGCAGAGAGGGAGGAGAUGGGAGUCUGACAUUGCUAAGCAGUCUCAAGGAAAGGCUGGAGAGCAGAGUGAAACCAGCAUCAAGGUCCAGGAAUGGGAACAGACCCGAGAAGACCCUGGAAGAUGGAGCUCCCACUGUGAGCCAUCACAGAGAUCCAGUCAGGGAGACAGCAGAAACCCCCACAAGCCCCUGCAACAAAGAGAGACAGGCUCAUCAAGGACAGCCCGGCACCACAAAAGUUUCUGAACUCCAUCUGUAUCUGCCUUCAUCACUCGACGAUGAUGAGGAGCAGGACGCUGAGACAGAGGAGAAGAGGACUACAGCAGAGGAGACUAGCACUCAGGGAUCUCUGGUCCAACCAAAGAGCACAAACCGUCCCAACCCAUCACACACCAGUCAAGACUGACUUAACAGAGGACCUGACACAGCACACCUUCUGAUGUCCUCACAUCUGAGCACUCUGUGAACAGCUGUGAUGUACAAGUACAGAGGACAGCAGAGCUCAGCGAAGACAACAGAUUGAGAAAAUGUAACUAUUAAGAACCUCCACAUGGGCAGGACAGAGAAGAGAGAUGUGAAAACAGACCUCUUCUGAUAAGAUUUGCAGCUGUCCACAGACCCAGGCCCUGCAUAGUAUGCAUCUAGUUCAAAUUUAAACUUAGUGUGUAGCUGGAUAAUGUAUGGUCACUGUGCUCCUGAGAACAGAGUUCAGAGAACUGUCAACCUCACUGUAAAGCUUUGUUUAUGUCCAAUGCAGCUUCCCUGGCACAAAGGUGUGUGCACCAAGUGACUUCAUCAUCAGAUCAGAUCAGAAUUUCCUUUAUUUGUCCCGCAAACGGGUAAAGUUCUUCAUCACAGCAGCCAAAGGACAGUAAUAUUGUAAUAAACAAUAAUAAUAGUAAAAAAUGAACAAUAUAAUAAAAAGGUAAGGAAUAGAAAUAGACUCAUAUACAUUGUAUAUACAUACUGUUUUUUACACUGUGAACAGUGUAA